AUGUCAAUCGCAGGCUGGGUUCCGCGGUAUGCGCCAGGCCUGACAAGCGGCCGCGCCCUCCGCUCCCUUUCCUGCCCCGGGCCGUCGGCUGUUAGCCAGUCGUUCUUCUGUAGAGAAAAACCCGGUCAAGGCGAGAGAACAGACGGCCAGAGGAAAGAGGCGGUGUCUCAGCGGGCGUAUGGACACCACGAAAACCCAGGCGCAGAAUGCCUCUUUUCUCGCAACUCACCGGUGCCCGCAGCCGUGGCGUCAGGACCACGAAAGCCGGUCCUCCCGCGACACGCUCGGCGGAUCACAGGUACACAAAGAACCGCGAGAGUAUGUACGCAAGAGGCACUCAGUGAGAUAGAAAUCGAACACCGUUUUCAUCUGUUUCCCGGAAAAAGUUUCUUGUCCCGACACGGAGCCAGGCGGUCCGCUCUGACCGGCGAUGGGCCUUUACAGGCUUUCGGCUCACCUUCCGCUCCUCAAAAGCCUUGGUCUUUCUGUACUCACCUCUCCGGACACUCGCGGCGUAGUAGGCCAACGCGUGAUCUCUCUUUCGCUUCUGCAUCUUCGAGUGCGGCGUCUGCUCUGCGGUAUUCCUGGGCUGCUUGCUGGUCUUCUUCCGCGCCUCCGCCGUCGUUUCUGCGGCGGUUUUCCAGUCUACUGUCGCUCACAGAGGCAGCUAGCCAGCCGUCGCGGCCUUUACAUCCAGAGAUCGGAGCGAGUGUCCCUUCCUCUCUUUCUCGGAAAGUAGGCAGGGUGGGAAAGGGAAACGGAGGCAGAAGCGGAAUCGCGGAGGUAGCUACUGAGUUGCCGCUUUCCAGGAAAAGGAACAGGAGACACGAGUGUGGGGCGAGCCGGCAAAACACGUGUUUCGUGUCCUGUCGGGGAUCUCUUUUCUUCUGCGAUGAUGGUGUGGCAUGGCGCAACGCUGCCGCGUCUACCACACAUCCCUUAACGGCUCCUCUUGCGUCUCUUCGUUUUCUACAUUCCUCUGCUCUGGCUGCCUCCGCUCGACCGCUGCCCGUGAGAGAAAACCCGGAGUCUGGUUGCCGCGAGGACACAAGAGGAAAGGAAGAACCUGGAGCCUCGUGCGAGAACCCAGGCCACGAUUUUGGAGCGGGCACAGAACAGAGCGCGUUCCACGGGAGAGAUCGGACGACAAGAUGUGAAGGCAAGAGCCAAGGCGAAGGAACGUUCGGAGGGGCCAAAGAAGAGGGCGGAGCAAAAAACGGGAACUCGUUCCGUCAACGUCUAAAGCGCCCGAUAAAAGAUCCCCAGCAACUAAGGAAAGACAUCCUUUUCAAUUCCAUUGCUGCGCUGACAAUAUAUGCAAUAAGUGACACGACCGCACAGAAACUGCAGCAGGGGCUUCGCGCACUUGCUGAACAAGGCGAGGGGAAAACGCGAGACGAGAAGGGUAGCGUGGACCUUUGCAGUGUAGGUACACUCGACGGAGGGGCUGCUGCAGGCAGCGCCUCUCUUUCUUGGCCUGCGUCUGACCGGGAAACGGAAGGGCGCGGUCGGCAGGGAGAGGAUGAGGAGGCGCGAGGCGGGGGGAAGGAGGACUGGAACCUGAGGCGAGACGCGACUCGUGGCGAGGAGAAAUCAAACAAUUCGCGCGACAGUGGCACGAAGCAGGAGAUAGGGGGGAAAAACGAAGGAGCAAACGACGAGAACGAUUUACAAAGAGACGAGAGAAAGAAACUCGGCGACAUAUCUUUCUGGGAAGAGUGGGACUGUAGGAGGACCGCGUCCAUCGCUCUAGAGGGAGUUCUUCUCAAUGGUUUCUUUCUGACUGUAUUCUACCACAAAUUGGAAGUUGUCGUCCACGACGACGCCUUGUCUUCAGGUGUCUCCGAGCCGAACACAGGCCGUACACAACCGCCUGUCUCCUCGUCGUCUGCACACUCAGCUUCUUCGCCUUCUCCCAGUUGUUCGAUUGCAAGGCAAUCGUCCCCGUCGCUCUCCAGCAAAGGGGCUUCGCCUCGUUCGCCUCUCACUGUGCGACAGCGGAGCUUUUAUCUUUGGCGCCAAAGCUUGUAUAAAGUCCUGACGGGGCAGAUUGCCUUCAUGCCGGUUGCUGCCGUCAUUUUCCUAUUUUUAGCCCCCGUUUUUAGAGCCGGGUUGUUCUACCUUUUUCCUCCCGCGGGAGUCUCCGGACCGGCGGCUGCGAUUGCUUCUUUGCCUUCUUUCGCGCCUACCUCCGUUGCGCAGCUGUCUCCGCCUCGCCACGAUGCACGCGCGGAGUCUCCGCUAGCUGGGCUCCAAAGGGGGCCCUCUGCGACCGCGGUCGUACCUAUCUCGUCGCCCGGCGGCGCGGCAUCGGCGAGAUGCGUGACGGGCCAGCCUCGCACAGUCAGUUCGUCGACGAGGCCAACCGGCCAGAAUCCGAGAGAAGAAGAUAGAAGCAGAACGGAGGAGGCGCAAGAGGAGAAACAAUUCGUCCACGGGGACUGGUUCCGUCUUGCGUGCCGCGAAGGAAUCCUGAGUAUCGGCAGGAGUUUUUGGGAGGUGUACAUCGCCAGUUGGUAUGUGUGGCCGCUAACCGACCUCGUUAAUUUCAGAUACAUCCCCCUGCGGUACCGCCCCCUGUGGGACACGACGAUCGAUUUAUUCUGGACUGUCUACCUCUCCGUCGCUGCAUACCCGCGAGGGCUGGAGAUUGCGGCUCGUCUGGCGUCACAGAAGAGAGGCGAUGGCGAUUCCGUCGGCGCGGAGCCGAGGGGAGCUCUCACGACUCUCUGCCAAGCGGUCAAAAUCCUGCUUUUUGAUCCCCCUCAGUAG